UUGGCCGCCAGGGAGAAUCUGAGCGCAGGGCGUGGUAAGCAGCAAGAACCGCAGCGCUUCCCUAGGCGCUUCCACUCUGUGCGCGUAAUCGCUGCCGUGCGCUUCGCUGCUCCCCGUCGGCAGAGUUUCGCGUCUCUUCUUCGCCGGAUCGAUUCCCGAAACAAUGGCAAAGUAUACAAAAGGCACUGUGAAGGAUUUCCCUGGCUUUGAUGCCAGAGCUGAUGCUGAAGUCCUUCGAAAGGCAAUGAAAGGCUUGGGAACGGAUGAAGAGCCAAUUGUGAAGAUUCUAACGAGCAGAAGCAAUAAGCAACGCCAGGAAAUUGCGGUGGAAUUUAAAACGUUGUUUGGCAGGGACCUGGUUGAUGACUUAAAAUCGGAGCUUACAGGCAAAUUUGAGACUCUGAUGGUUGCUCUGAUGAGACCUGCACGGCUUUUUGAUGCCCAUGCACUGAAGCAUGCCAUUAAGGGGGCAGGAACUGAUGAAAAAGUCCUUACUGAAAUUCUUGCAUCUAGAACACCAGCCGAAAUCCGGAAUAUAAAACAAGUUUAUCAGGAAGAAUAUGAAGCUGACUUAGAAGAUCAUGUAACUUCAGACACUUCUGGUUUCUAUCAGAGGAUGCUGGUAGUUCUCCUUCAGGCCAAUAGAGACCCUGAUGGCCAAGUGAAUGAGGCGCUGGUUGAGAAAGAUGCUCAGGAGCUGUUUAGAGCUGGUGAGCUGAAAUGGGGAACCGAUGAAGAAAAGUUCAUCACCAUCCUGGGGACUCGCAGUGUGACUCACUUAAGGAAGGUCUUUGACAAAUAUAUGACUAUCUCUGGCUUCCAAAUUGAAGAGACAAUCGACCGUGAAACUUCUGGUCCACUAGAGAAGCUUCUGCUGGCAGUUGUGAAAAGUGUCCGUAGUGUUCCUGCAUAUCUUGCUGAAUCACUGUUUUAUGCAAUGAAAGGGGCUGGCACUGAUGACGAUACCCUGAUAAGGAUUGUAGUUUCAAGGAGUGAAAUUGAUCUGCUGGACAUCAGACAGGCGUUCAGAAGAAAUUUUGCAAAAUCUUUGUACCAUGCAAUUCAGAAAGAUACAUCUGGUGAUUACAGAAAAGGCCUUUUGCUGCUCUGUGGUGGUGAAGAUGACUAACUGACGACAAUAUGAAAGCCAGAAUCUUAACUCCUGCCUUGUGCCUCCUUCCCGCUUUGUAUGGCUAAGCUUUCCAUUGGCAUUUACAGCUGCAGCCUUUUUUGUGUGUUUCUCAUGGAUAUCCUUGCUAUCAGACGCAAUGUGCAUUUCAUUAGUAUGAUGAUAUAGUAACAAUUACUGUUGAAAUCCAUAUCGGAUCCCAUUCAUAGUAUUGCCACUCCUUUCUAGGGAACUGCCUGUUUUUCAUUGAUAGUAUUUUAUGUUAGUUUUAUACAAUGUUAACAUACAGGCUGCUCGUGAAAAGAUUAAGCCGGCCAGUUGGAAGUCAUGGGGCUGGGAUCAGGCUAUGCUGGUUGCACAUUGAGAUCAAUGUGACAAGCUAGUUGUGACUUAAGUCCCAUUUAACUCAAUGGGGACUUAAUGCAACUAACAUAGUCUGGAUUCAGCCUCUUUUGUGUAAAAUAAUUUAAUGCAAAGUGCCUCUUGUAUAAAUGUGUUCCCCUUGUUUUGAAAACCAUGUUGGAAGCCAGGAAUCUGGUGCCUUUUGUUAUUAUUUUGCAAAAAAAAAAAAUGGAACUAAAAGACAUUCCAAUAAGUAAAACUGAAUUACUUUUUAAGCUGAACUAUAUUUUUGCAUUUGUACUAAUUUGCAGAAAGCUUCCAGUAAUGGCUUUGAAAUUGUGACCUAUGCAUGAUCUUCAUGUAUUGUAAUGAUUUGGUGCUAUUAAAAGGAACAAAAAGCCUACUAAAUGAUAUAUGGAGGACCAAUAAAAUGUACCCACAAACUAUGA